GGUCCAGUUUUUCCCUAGACACCAACUUUAAGCGCCUUUUAGCGUUACGUCAACCUGCGCAAGGCCAACCCUAACUGCUCCAUCGGCGACGGUGAAAAUUUGCUUGAUAUCGAUCGGUGAUUCUUCGAGUUCUCGUUUUAGUUCUUCAACCUAGCCUUCUCUCGGUGCUCGGAGAGAGCGGUCAAGAUAAGAAACGUGAGAUUAGAUAGCCAUUUGAGAUGUCGUACGACGAGGUGGAGAUCGAGGAUAUGGAAUGGAACGAGGAGUUGCAAGCUUUCACCUACCCCUGCCCUUGCGGUGACUUAUUUCAGAUCACUAAGGAAGAUCUUCGCCUCGGGGAGGAGAUCGCUCGCUGCCCCAGUUGCUCCCUCUUCAUCACGGUCGUCUACAAUCCUGAGGAUUUUACUGAUCGCCCUGACAAGUCGAAGAAGACCCCCGCCCAGCCGUCGCCUGUCGCAGUGGCUUGAGCUUCUUCGGAAUCAGUCAUAUUUUUGCGUAGCUGAGCUCUGGCAACCAGAAGUUUAACAUCAUUCGAUAUAUCAAGUAGUCGCUGUAACACGGAUAACAUGGCGUGUAACCUUUGGUAUGUUUUGAUAUAUGGAUAUGUGGAAAUGGUUUAGAUAAUCUUGUAGCUUUUGGUAUGUUUUGAUACAUGGAUAUGUGAGAGCUGAAGACAUCGUGUAGGAGGAAGACGUGUUUUGAUACAUGGUUUUUUUUUCUUUUUCUU